ACCAAAUUUUAUUUCAUUUCUGAAAGUGAUGUGACGAAUAACGUCUGAUGCUAAUGAACAAAAUUAUAGUGUGUUUUGUCUCGAAAGUAUAAUUCUUUUGAUAAAUUCUAGUCCGUAAAUGAUAAAAUAUAAUAAUAUUAUGUCUAAAGUGAUAGAGGUUAUAUUUCACCACAAGACUUUAUACAUCUCCACGUUGGUAUACUCGCAGUGAUCAUGAAAGAAGUUCAAAGAGAAUCAUCGAAGUAAUCUAAGUGUUUCCUAAAAGAAUAGUUAUAUGUACUCAGCGGGAAUGACAAUAAUGGCAGUGUCGGUUGGCGAAAUUUGCGAGAACACGAAGUUGGCAAGGGAAAUGGCUCUGAUGGGGAACUACGAGUCAGCUCUGGUGUACUACGAGGGCACCGUCCAGAUGAUCCAUCGUCUCCUCAUCACCAUAGCCGACCCUACUCGGAAAUCCAAGUGGCAGUUGGUACAGAAACAGAUGGCGCGCGAGUACGAGCAGCUGAAGGCGACGAUGGCGACUCUCCAGAUGUUCAGAUACGACGGGGAGAAGGCCAUCACGCCGAUGCCUGGCAGUAAGUACCUGGAGGACCUGCCGACCCGCGACCAGAUGUGGGGUCCGGCGCCGCACGAGCUGGACCCCGACAUCUGGCCCCCGGCGCCCGACAGGGACCCCAACGCCUGGCCCCCGCCCACCAGUGUGGACCACAAGGUACCACCGACGAUGAAGUCAGCUCGCACCAACCCCCGCAACGCCCGCACCGCAGAUGCCAAGAAGACCACAGGACCGAGAACAGCGGCAGCAUCACACAGAAAGACCUCCGACGUCAGAAACCCUAGAACACAGAAUAAUAAGACACAGAGCGCGAAGACGAAAGACACGAGCAACAAGGAAAACAACACGAAGGACAAGCAGGACAGGGACAACAACAACGACACCGACGAUGAGAAGAAGGAGGAGGAGCGACGGUUCGAGCCGCCCUCCGCCGCCGACGGCGACCUCGUGGACAUGCUCGAGCGCGACAUAGUACAGAAGAACCCCAACAUCCGGUGGGACGACAUCGCCGACCUGGCGGAGGCCAAGCGGCUGCUGGAGGAGGCGGUCGUGUUGCCCAUGUGGAUGCCGGACUUCUUCAAGGGUAUCCGCCGACCGUGGAAGGGCGUGCUGAUGGUGGGUCCGCCGGGCACGGGCAAGACGAUGCUGGCGAAGGCGGUGGCCACGGAGUGCGGGACGACAUUCUUUAAUGUAUCGUCCUCGACCCUCACCAGCAAAUACCGCGGCGAGUCAGAGAAACUGGUGCGACUGUUGUUUGAGAUGGCGCGGUUCUACGCGCCGAGCACGAUAUUCAUAGACGAGAUAGACUCGCUGUGCUCGCGGCGCGGCUCCGACAGCGAGCACGAGGCGUCGCGCCGCGUCAAGUCCGAGCUGCUGGUGCAGAUGGACGGCCUGGGAUCCGCGACGGACGAGCCCGCCAAGGUGGUAAUGGUGCUAGCGGCGACGAAUUUCCCAUGGGACAUCGACGAGGCCCUGCGCCGGCGGCUCGAGAAGCGCAUAUACAUACCGCUGCCGACGCAGGAGGGGAGAGAGGCGCUGCUGCACAUCAACCUACGAGAGGUCAAAGUGGACCCCGAGGUUGACCUCACACUUAUCGCCAAGAAGCUAGACGGGUACUCCGGCGCGGAUAUCACUAAUGUUUGCAGGGAUGCGUCAAUGAUGUCGAUGCGUCGGAAGAUCGCCGGUCUCAAGCCGGAGCAGAUCAAACAGCUUGCCAAGGAGGAGUUGGACCUGCCAGUCACACGACAGGACUUCCUAGAAGCCCUGGCCAAGUGCAACAAAUCCGUGUCCAAAGGCGACAUACAGAAGUACCUAUCGUGGAUGGAAGAAUUCGGCUCCUCCUGAUUGUA